AUAGUGUAAUGUUUAACUUUCUGAGAAAAGUAAUAUUCUAGUUUCAGUCGUACAAAUAGAAGGAAAGUCCAAAGUACUUGCCCGCAUUCAAACAAGACUUCCUAUACAGUGCCCCCAUAGUACGUCGAUCCCACGGGAUGCGAGUAGUAAAGAUAAAAUAAGACCACUAUUAAUGUGUGCGUGAACCGUUCACACCGAAUUGCGUCAAUCAUUUUAACUACACUCUUUAUUCCCCAGCCCAUAGUACAGUCAUUCCCUCCUCACAGCUACAUGUGUGAGUGUGCUAUAUUUAUUUCCUUGCUGUACGAGCGUUGGUCAUGCGGCAACCAUGUGUGAGUUGCCAAUGAAGUCAAUCUACCAGUCAUAUGCUCCCAAAGUGUUGUCCACUGAAAUUUCGUUUUGAGUAAAAGUAAUCAUGUAAGCAAUUAACGAUAAGAAAUUGCUUUAAAACUUGUAAUAAUUAAGUGUUCUAAUGAGUUUGCUAUUAAUUGUUGUUUUGAUAAUUUGGUAAACAUUUCAAAUUAUGCCAUUGUUCCGUUCGCAUUCAUUGGCAACAGUUGCCGUUUGAUACUAUUGCAGCAUUAGCUUCCGCGACUCGACCGUGUUAAUUAUUUUCAAGGGUUAAUAUGAAACUUUGAGAAGCGCUAGCAGGAGCUAAUAUUAAAAUUAAUCCCCGUUGCCCCAGUAUCGCCCAGGGCUUUCGGUAGUGCUGUACUCUCAAGUAUAUAGCAAUGACGGCUGUUAUAUGUUGUUUUAUUAAUAAGGUCAAAUCUGGCAUUUUACGAGAUAUAAUAAAUAAUUGUGUUUGUGUUAGAUAGUGAUAAGAACGGACAGUGACAUAACGUUAAGUUAUAAAGUUAAAUAAACUAAAUAGGUAUCUACUAAUUGGAAAAGUUCUCUGUAAAUGAUUUAGUGCUUUAAUUUAGUUCACUAGUGACUAGAAGAUUUUAUUAGCUAUUAAAAAUGGGCCUAACGGAUUGGGAUUCCCGCAUUGGGUACUAUUCAGGUGAAGAAUCUGUCGGUUCCAUCAAUACAAUGUCGAUAUGUAAAUCAGAGCUGUUGUUUUCGCCGGUCAAAGAAGGUGCCCAUGGAGUUCACUUCAGCGUUGAUAGUCUUGACUGUGAGCUGCCAACUGAACAAGAUCUUAUUCUCACAUGUCAAGCGAAUAAAGAUAAUUACACCAUCGCCUUCGAGGGCAGUCUCACCAUUUACUCUGAGGACAGUGAGUGCGCUGAAUUCACCGUCAAUCAAAAACAUGACAAAUUGGUUAAGAAAGAUUUAAACAUAGCCUUAGAUAAUGAUGAAAGAACGCGCAGGAAUUUAGAAUUACUAGAAAGAUGUAAGAAAUUAACUAAUAAGCUAACAACUUCUAUGGCCAGAAGUGAUUUAGGUUUAACUACCUGGAGUAAGCUUAAAAAACAAACCAGUCAUUCACCCCUAAAGAGGCAUCCAUCUGGAAAUAACAAUGAAGAAUCAAAUGAAUCAACCGAUAAUACAAGUGAAAUGAACAAUUCAGUAAUCAAAAGUCAAAGCUUACCAAACUUGUACAGGAAAAAACUGCUGAGCAGUUCAAUCAAUUCUGCUGCAUUAAGCAACUCAACGGUCGACUCUUUUACAGCCAACCAAAGACUAAUUGGAACACCAACAUGUAUGAAGGUUUAUGAUGUUUCACUAAAUCGUUCAACACUUGGCAGUCAACAUUCGGAACCUAUGAGCACAUCUUCUACGGACAACCAAACGUCGUCUGAUAAAAGUCAGACGAAACAGUCUUUUAAUCUGGUGAAGCUUUUUAUGAAACAAAAAAGCACUAGUAAUGAUGGUAUUGUUAGUAUGGAUCAAUUAGAUCGAUCGGAGUGCUGGCCUUCUAGUUCAGGGGGUGAAAGCGGAGAGUCAAUGGGGGAGCAAAAGCUAGGCAUUUUCAAAAGCAGUCAUGCUGAAAGACCUCAAGUCGAUUUACCUAUCGAGGCGCUUGAAGAAACGUCAUCAGCAGUUUAUGAAGAAAUUCGAACACCAAAUCCAUAUAAUAGAGUUUAUGACGAAGUGUUAAUAGAGGAAGAAGAAGUUGAAGGGGCUAAUAAGUUGAGUGAUAACGAAUCUAAUCUAUAUGCUAUUGUGAAUAAACCUCACUUUAAAAGAACAAACUUAAAUAUUACAAAUAGCCCCUCAAAAGGAAGAUAUAGUAGAAAAUCAUGUUCCUCUCAGUCAUCGGCCACGAGUGUUAGUAUUUCUAGUUGUUCUGAGUCUGAUGGUACCCAAAUAACAAGAAUGAAUAGGGUACUGCAAAGAGAAUCAUGUGAUACUAAAGCCACUUCUACGCAUCUUGAAGCUGCUAAGCUAGAUAAAAGCAUGCAAACAUCAUCUCUUCAAGUUUCAUCUAUGUCACAUGACCGAGAAAUAUAUAAAGUUGUAGAGGCUUCGUUCCUUGAAAAACUAAAAGAGGGCGAUUGUGAAAAACCUGUUUUUGUUUUGUAUCCUAAUUAUACUUUACCAGACAUAAGCUUUUUGAAUGGCAGACCUAAUAUAUAUUUAAGUCCAGUAAAAGUAAAUAUAUCACCAAAAUCAAAUGACACCCGAAAAAAUAGAAUGCAACUAAAAGGUAAACGACCGUUUUCAUGCACUGAUGUAGAAAUGCUUAAGAAAAAAGGUCUUGGCCAUAUUAAAGAUUGGGAUUCCCUGAAUUUCUUGCUACCGCUUGAAUGUAGACAGUUACUCUCCGAAAUGCCAGAAUUAAUGCAGUAUAUUAAAGAAAAAGAUAUACCAAAUAAAUCUGAUAAAUACUGUAAUUUAUCACCUGCAUCAAAGAAGAAUAGGCCAAUGAGUUGUGAUUGCACCAAUUUAGCCAAUACUACAGCUGUUUCGUCAAGUUCAAGUACAGCAACUCAACCAUCAUCAGGAUAUCGAGGGUCGUCAACAAUGUUAACUGAUGAAUCCUCUCAAAAUAGCCCUGCUCCUACAGGAAACUUUAAUCCAUUAUUUGUUUACCGCUACGACAGUGCUACAAGUUCUGAAGCCAGUUGUGCAAAUACUGAAGGUCAAAGAAUAAAUCCAUCGAUACCAAAACGGUCACUGUCUCUAGCCGAUCAAAAUAGAAUAGCAAAACAAGGAGAACUUGCUCCUCCAAGACCCCCUUUACCUAAGAGUAUUUUACGUAAAUCUAUGGAUAAAACACGCAAAACUACUGCGCAAACAAAACGAUACAGUAUGUUUGAACUCGACGAUUUUAUUCAAGACCCAAUAGUAUGCGCUUCAGCUGCUGUGGAGAAUAAAACUAAGAGAAGGUCACUUCAAGAGCCUUAUUAUCUUCAAAAUCAAACAAAUUUUGAUUACAGAAAAAAUAAUGACUUAGCUGCCAAAAGAUUGUCUCAACAAUUCUUAGAUGCUGCUGAUAAAGACGCUGAUUAUAACGAAUAUUAUCAAGAUGAAGGAGUUGGGACUGAAAGCAGCCUUGAGUCAGGAAAAUCGAAUGAAAUAAAGUUUCAUAGACCGCAUACGCCUCCGCUUCCGAAACCAAGAACCAAGAAAAUUGAAUACAUUGAUUUUCCACCACCCGGUGCACUUAUAAGCAGCGCUGAUUUACAACAGUUAGAAGAGUUUCUCAAGCAAAGUGGGAUCAACUGUCAAAACAUGGAUGAAUGGGAUCAAAAUCAAGUUCAAAAGGUAAGAAGUCAGGUUACGAAAUUCCUCCAAAUGAAGCGUUCCCAGGAAGAAAACCAAAGGUCUACAGAUUCAAGUAGCAGUAGUUGCAAUAGCAAGAAAUCGGUUAGCUUCGCACAGAAGCCAGAUACUAAACCUGAUGUACAACAAAGUCAAACAAAACCUUUAGAUGAACUAAAAGUAGCAAGUCUUGCUACACCGCCAAAUUCGCCGAAUAUUUCUGCUAUGGUAGCACAAAGACACUAUCAGGCCAAAAAUUUAGCCGAGAUACCUAUUUGCGAAGAAGGAGAAGUAAGUCCAGAUGAAUUUUUAAGUCCUACAACACAAAAUGAUGGAAGACAAAAGUACGACCUCAUUGAUGUCUCUCAAAAAAGAGCAUUAGUCUCUAAUGUAACGGAUGCUGUUGAAAUGUUGAUUCAGCACUUUUCUCCUGCAACGGAUCAAGCAGAACUAGCUUUCUUAGGUGAUUCAAAACAAUCACCGGCUUGUGCAAAGAUUGCCCUAAAUGCUUUGUGUCCAGCAUUAUACGCCAUAUUUAGAGAUGGUCUAAAGGAAAACAUUGAAACUUCUUUUGGUGCUGUCAAUAACUCUGUCUGGCAAAUGGUAGAAGCGACAGCUAGACAAGGUCCCAUAACCAAGUCCCUUAAUGAACUGGUUUUAAGAAUAAACAGUGAAGACGCAGUAACGGAAGGAUUGGUCAAAUUCAAUGCAUUUAUUUUAGGUCUAUUAAACGCACAAUCUGUAGAUGCGUGGGUGUCGUAUGUGCGGACAAGGGAAUCAAUACUAGCAAAGCACUACGACUCCGAUUCUCUCAUCCUAGCGGGUUGCGUAGGCGAAUCGCGAUGUAGAGCCCUGUUGGAUACGUUGCUGGCCAGCCUCGAACCACUCAGACUUCUGCCGUUCUCCCUUGAUCUUAUGUUCGAAAUGCGCGAGUUACACCGAAGUUUCAAGAGGAUUGAAAACGAUAUGAGAGCUGCUAGUAGGCCCACUACGAUUAACACUCCGCCACUAACACUGAACCAGAGAAACCUGCUGAAGCUGGUCCGUUCGAUGCAGUCCAGCGCCAUUUCGAGUGACGACUGUCAGACUAGUGUCAUAAUGAGACACAAAGAGCCCAGAAACAAAGAGCCAUCCACGCCAGACUUGUUGAACGAGUCGGCAAAUGUUAAGACUACUGUUGAAAAAAAUAGGCCGAGGUCAUGUGUAAACCCAUCUCCUAUAGGCUACGACAUGUGUCCUAACAACAGUAGAAUAGACCUUGAGAAUAAUCGGAGAUGGUCAGGAGUGCACCUGGGCUCGAAAUUGAUGCAAGCAUUUGACAGAUUAGUAUUUGAUGACAGUGAUGAUUACACUGAUAGUCUAGAAAACAAUAAGCCCUCCGCUAAAGCACCCGGCAAUGACACGAAGCUGGAUAUAAGCGGCGAGGAGCAGUGGCGGCCGGGCUCAGCCAACAGCAGUGCGAGUGGGAACACAGGCGCUGGCAGCAACAACUCGGGGGGAAAGUUCCGACGUUUACAGCUAAAAUGGGAAAUGCUGAGUACUGCCGAAAGCCCCGUCACGCCAUCUGGAGAAACAUCACCAGCUACAGCUCGAGGAUCCAAAAUCCCACGGCCGGUGUCAUCACCAGUCCGGCCUCAGGCGCCAACAGCGCAGUCGCCCGCCAAAAACACGCAUCGAGGCAUCCCCGUACCGGUACGUAAAGGUUCUUCGCCCACAACAACGGCUCCACGUCCUAACACUACGAGGGCAGGUGCCACGAAUAAGAAACCUCCGCAACCCGCCAAUAGAGGUAUACCUGAGAAGUCAACGAGAAAACCUGCGGACAAAACUCGAAUCGCAAACGUUGCUGCUAAAAAAGCAAACAGUUCUAUGAAGUCGCCAGCGUCUCGCGUGGACGGUGCGUGUGUGGGCGGUGCACCGCGGCCCGCGUCGCUGCCGUACGGGCGAGCCGCGCCGCCACCCGCACCUCGUCGCGCCGCUUCAUCGUCGGCAGCGCGGGCGCACGCGCACCACGCACAACAGAAGAACAAAUACGUGAGAACGCUUUGGCACAGACUACCAUCAGACUCAGGUCACUUAGCGUUCAACGAGGGCGAAAGACUACGGCUGAUCCUAGAGGUGGAUGACCAGUACCUAUUGUGCUGUCGCGGAGACCAGAAGGGAUUGGUUCCCCGCGAUGCUGUGCUUUUAGAGGAUUUCUGAUAUUGGCAGGGAUAGCCCGACUGGCAGCCGCACUGGCGGCCCUUGCGGCUCGCGAGCAACGCCAGGCAUUGAGCUAGUGCGGCCAGUCGGCCUAAGAAGUAAUCGAACUCUUAACGGAAUAUCAUUUGCACACUUGUGCGGUGAAUAAAGUGAAAUGGUAGUGGCGUGAUGGUAACUGAACUUCGCGUAAAUAGUUUCGAACUCUUAUCGGUUAGUUAGAGAAUGAACGUUGUGGUUUAGAAAUGAACUUUGUAUAUAGGCGGAAAGAUUUAUGGCUGUAUGUAAUAGUCUUCUGAGGUUCGUGAAAGUUUUUUUAGUAUUUAAUUUUUACGUUACCCGAAUCGAAAAUAUCUCAUCCAAUUUAUAUCUACGGCCCUUGAUCGGGGAUUCUCGCGACUGCGAUUUCAGCUCUAUUUAUUUAUUAUUUCUAAUCUAAUUAUGGCACUGAUUAUUCUUUUUAUCCUAAUGACAUUUAAUUUGAUAAUACAAUUUUGAUGUAAAUCUCCUUGAGUAUUUUCAAGGAUUUUUAUAAAAUUAUUAUAUUGACUGAUCGUAACGGAACCCUUCGCGACAAUCCCUGCUCAAGGGCUUAACUUGACAUCACUAGAAUUUUCGCACAUUUCUAAUUUUGUAGUAAAAUCUAGUCUUACGUUUUAAGGCACGACAUUGUCUCGGACUGUAUAUAGAUCGUUGUAAGCUACACUAGUUGCCGGAAUGUUCAUUGUGGGUGUAGUUAGAUCAUGGCAUUUAGGAAUUUACUUUAUGACACUCGCAGUUAACGUUCCCGCAAUGGGAUGUGAUAUAGAUAUUUACAUUUUUACUCUUAAGGACAAAAUCUCGUACUUUAAGAACAAACUCCAGUUUACGAUAAUAUCGAAUUGAAGCUUUUGGUCUCCUUGAGAAAGACGCCUGAUUUAAACAAUUAGUUAAAUUUAUGGGAAUUGAUGUCUAAGAAUAACGGUAACUUAGCAUAAUCAGUAUUUAAAGGUAUAUAGAACGUGUGUAUUAUGUAUAUAAAACUUGUUUUCCUACCUAAUGAAAACGGUUAGAUAAGGGUUAAAUAUCUCCGUAACUACAUUCGUUAACAUAUAAGGCAUCUCGGGCACUGCCAUUAAGCAAAGAAUACUGAUAUACCUCAACCAUAACUUCUGUACAGUUAUUAAUAGCAUGCGGCCUCUCCUUUGCACCAUCCUAUCGUUUGUGGUAUAGGGUAUCGAAAUUUUCUCUAUUCUUUAUAUUUCUUCGACCCCAGGUAUUGUACGUAAUCGUAGAGAGCGUUAACAUGGUUGUGGAACUAAUCGCAUGGCCUUUGUCCAUUCUCCUUUCCUACGUCUUUCUACAUCAUGUACCUACUUCCCGAACGUUUUGACUGUGUUGGGUAUUUACAUUGUCGGUAAACUGAUCGCAUGCACCCCUCCAUACUCUUUCUCCUUUUUUACCAGCACUACGAUAAACAUUUGUAUCGACCCCGAGAAAAGUCUAAAGGAAAACUCAUAACUAUAAUCCAUAUUCCUCUAUAUACUAUCGCUUCACGCUAAGUACCCGUAUUGUGAUAAUCAAUCAUAUCACCGCUUUACGCCGGAUAACGGUAACGAAUAGAAACGAUAUUUUUGGUAUGUAUUUGUAUUGCUCAAAAAGUGGGAUGAUUUAUUAGACGUUGUAUUAAUCGGAAACAUAAUACUCUAACGUAAUCGUAUUAUACUCGUGUUUUUGAAUAGCAAUAUUCGUUUAACGUUUUGUAAAGUGUGUAAAUAAAUAUACUUAAUGAAACAUUGGUUUUCAAAAUUAAAUAAUCAAAAUUGUAACAAAAUGAAUGCACGAUACAGUUCCUCUAGUAGUCGGACGUGCUAUCGAGCCACAACAUUGUAGUUGUACUUAUUGUAGGGAAAAUUUUAUAGUCGGCGUCUUUCUCGAGGAACUUCGCAAGUUGCCAACUACGUUCGUCAUAAAAGAGGCUUCCGAACCUCAAAAGGACAGUUGACAAUUAGAAAUGUACCAUACUGAAUCACUUAUACAAUAACUAGACUUUAAAAUAUUGAUUCGUAGCCGGAUCAUACCUUGUACUUGUACGUUUGUAAAAUAGAUUCAUCGUGUUAGUAUUAUUCGCGCUUUGUGACUGAAUGAUGUGAUGUGGCCUUUUGUAUGUAUUUAAAGAAUUAUAAAAUGUUGUGUGCGUGUGCUUUCUGCAUCGGUUAGUAUUGUAUCGUCUACUUAAAGUUGCCGCGGGGAAUGCUUCGAAAUUAUCUAAUUCAUAAUAAUAAUAUGAUGUACUCCGAGAAAUCUCUAAUAGCCGUUUAGGUGAAGUAUGCCUUAAAUUAAUCAUAUAGUCCGAUUGAACUGAUACAAAAUGUUCUUGCUUCGACGCUUGAAACUAAUAGCUUGGUACGCAUGUUAACAUAGAGGAGUUUGUUUAGUCGUAAGUUUUUAAACGGUUUGUAUUACGGAGGAUGUUUAAAGUUAAUUUUUAUAAACGAUAUUCCUGCGCGAUCGUUCACCGAGCCGUGAGGCAAGUGGUGAGGUGUCCUCGGUACAAAACAUUAAAUUAUCGCGUUCUUUGCUUGUAUAAUUUAAUUUAUAAUAAUUUAUCAUUACGAUUGGGAACAAUAAGUUGAAAUUUGAGUUAUAUAGAUUUUAUUUUCUUAAGAAAAAUAAUAUAAAUAAAGAAAAAUGAGAUUCGUUUUUACGAAACUCGACGAACGACUGAGAAAUUAAUUCCGAAUAUUUAUAAGUUAAUCUCGAAAGAUCAUCCCGUUUUGAUUAGAAAAUCAUCAUCAACAACAUUAUAUGUAUUGUUUAAAGAUAUUAUUGUGUUAAGUGCCAUA